AUGUCUCCGGCGGGGAGCUAUAAGGGUCUCGCCAUUCGCCUCCACCUCCUGGCAAGCAGCGCUCCCCUUAUUCAUGUGUCUCCAUACACUGCCGCUACCGCAUAUCCUGUCCUGAUCGGAUUUGGGAUCACUCUGCGUCUCGGAUUCUGCGUCGUCAGAGAUACCCUUGCCCUCCAACAUAUGUCGAAAGCCAACCAUAUCGCUGAGCAUGCAGGGUUCCGGAAGAGAGUGCUGGGAAAACUCUCCGCAUAUGGCCCUGCGCGAUCACUGCCUGCGCGAGCAGCAUCCCGCUACAAGCACGACAACCGUCCCGUCGAUGAGGGUACGAUCUAUCCUGAGCCGCAUUCCGACUUCGAGUUCGGGCGCCUGGACACGACCGGCUGGUACCCGUACUAUAAGCACUGUGUGCAGUACUUCGUCGAGUGCGGCCAGCACUCCCCCGCCGUAACAUCGGUAGCCGCCUUCAUCAACAUCCGCCUGCCCUGCCAGCGCCCCUUGGAACCGGCCCCUUCCUUCGUUUCCCUCCGGCCUUAUGUGCGACGCCUGAUUGUGACCGCGCAGGACUCGCCGGUGAUGAUGCAAGCCUUUUUCGGUGACAACUGGCACGCCGGCGUGGGCUGUAUCUACAGGCAAGAGCGGACGAACUACCUCUUCACGGCCAAGAGCAGUGGAUGGGCCUCGACCAAGGCGGCCUACGACAUGCUGCCCGACGAGCCAACUCCAUUCCUGCGGCCACUGCGUGACGCCUCUGAGGACGAGAUCUGGGUGGCCGAAGCGCGCUGGAGCGAAUGGCUUGCCAUGGAGGACUGGAUGGUGGGGUCGCGGAGUCCCUGCCCCAGUGAUGAGACAUGA